AUGCGAGCCGCUCGUUUCUCCUUCCUCGUGUACUCCCUCUCCCUGCUGGCUGUGGUCGCCGGGCAGAGCACCGCCGUCACUAAUGGCAACGUUGGCGGAGGAAACGCGAUCACGUCCGGAAAUGCCGCUCCCACCACCGCCGAGGAGCCAGCCACCACGUCGGUUUCUUCGGCAGAGACGACGGCUGCAGAAGAGACCACUUCAUCCGCCAAAGAAACUCAGCCCGCCGUGACCUCGACUUCAUCGGAGGAAAAGCCCGCGGAAACCUCCACGUCAUCUACCACCGAGGCCCCUGCCAAAACCACCGCAGAGAACACCAAGCAAACGACAGCCCCGAAGACCACCCAGGCCGAUCACACCACGGCGGCCGACUCCAAGACCACCGCCGCGGAGCCCACCGCUACCGGUACCAGCACCUCGGAAUCCAGUGCCACCCCGGUUGUCAAGACCAUUACCACGAUGCAUACCGUGAGCGGCACCCCCGUCGAAACCACGCUCACCACCACCUCCGCCGAGAAGAACGCCGCCGCCGAUUCGACCGAGUCCCCCGGCCUGAACGGAUCGUCUGAGGAGUCCAAGAGCUCGGGUCUCUCGAAGGGCCAGAAGAACAUCAUUAUCGGUGUUGUGGUGGGUGUCGGUGGUGCCAUCCUGAUCGGAGCCCUGGGUGUGGUCGCCUGGAGGAUCCGAGCCCGCAAGCAAAACGCGCGUGACAACGACGAAGCCGCCGACCUCAUGAGCGGCACGGCCGUCGGUGCCGGCGCUCGUGAGAAGGCCCCCAGCCCCGGAGCUGGCGGCACGCCCUUCAAGAACACGCUCGACCAAUAUCACAACCCCGGACCGGUCAACGCCGCCUCGAACUUCUAA